CUGGGGAGUGGUGGAUAUCAAGGGUUUCAUUUUCAGUUUCAGAUAUCUCAUAUUUCUCCUCUCUGCGAGUCGCCGACGGCGCUCGCCGACUCUGCCUCUCCAGCUCUCCCUCAGACUCUCGGAUCUUGAUCCCUCUCCGUCUCUCGUUGUCAUCACUGCUCUUGGCCUUUGAGCUAUCGGCGACUCGCCGGCUCUGCCUCUCUUAUUCUCUCUCAGUCUCUCUCCGUCUGGACCGUCUCUCGACUCUCACUCUCUGUCUUCACGAGAACGCCGAGAAGCUCGCCAGUCGCCUUCUCAGUUAUCGCCUCUGCCCUCUGCGCAAGCAACGCGCAGCUGUGCCAACCCUUGGAUCAGUCCUCUACUCCUCUACAAGCCUUUUGGUGUUUGGUCUCCUUACUCUCGUCACUCUCCUCUAGUCGGCCACUUCUGUUCGUGUUCGAUCAGUAUUCGCCACUCAGUCGCUGAUAGCUCUUUGGUGUUCGAUUCCACUUUUCAGUCUUCUUUUCUCUGUCGAACACCUCAGCAGUCAGCACUCUUCAGUCGUCAACCAGGCUUAUUUGAUAUGGCCGCCUUGCUUGGUGUUGGAACAGAACACAAGAAUUGUAUUUCUGAGGGUAUGCAUGUGGGUAACGAGGCCUCAUAUGUUGAGAUAAAGGUGCUGUUCUUUGCCAGAGCUCGGGAUCUAACCAGCAUAGCUGAUAUGCCACUGGAGGUGCCUCCUGGCAGUACUGCUCAUGAUUGUCUGAAUAAGCUUGUGGCCAAGUUUCCUAAACUAGAAGAGAUCCGAGGGUGCAUGGUCAUGGCUUUGAACGAGGAGUAUGCUCCCGAGUCUGCAGUGGUUAAAGAAAGAGAUGAACUGGCCAUUAUACCUCCAAUAAGUGGUGGCUAAAUUUUUCCUUUCAUGGAUUCCCUGAUCACAUCAUCUGGAACACAACACUUCUCUGGUACUCUGAACUGAAGUCCUACCUAUGUUGAUAGUUGCAAAGGUGAAAGUUUACUGUGCUAAUAAUUCUGUAAUAAAUGGAAAAUAUCAGACGCUGUGCGCAUAAGUGCAUUGCACAAGAAAACCUGAGUGGCAAACAAGCCUCCUUAUUGUACUUAUUAAGUGAAGCAUACUUUUAAUGAUAACAGUGGGAGAAACUCUUCAGUGUGCUUCUCCUUCAAUGACAUGGUGCACGUCAUUUGCACAAUA